AUGCUCUUCGUCUCGGCAUUAUUAUUCCGAUUUCUAGAAGAGAUGACCGAACCCGCAGACAAAGAAUGCAGAUCUCACGUCAUGUCGGCAGAACUCCUCCUCCGCAUCUUAGACGACAACCUCUGCUCCUCCCUCCUAACAGACGCGGCCCUAAUAGUCGUCCUCCGACAAGAUAUCUUCAUCGCAAACCUAACACAGCGCCCCGUCGGCCCCCUCGCAAACCGCUGCAACAUCGACCGAUCCCUCACCCCAACCAGCGAUGUAAUGUGGGCCUACCGAAUAAUGUCACACGCCGCCGAAAUUACAAACUUCGUCUACAGCGAAGAAAGCGACCGAAGCACGCCCACCUGGGACAAACUAAUGGCGUACGCGAAGGAUUGGGAAAACUGCCGUCCGAACUCGUUUACACCUCUUUUCCAGUCACAGACGGCUCCGCCCACAUUUCCCAACCCAGUUUUCGCGAGUGAUUGCCAUGUUGCGGGACACCAGUACCUGGGACUUUGUCGGAUUCUCCUGCUGGCUUGUGACCCACAUAUACCCAUGCUGGGGAUGAAUGGGAUGCGGAUGCUCCAGGAGCGGGAUGAGAAGACUAGGGAUUAUGUGAGGGAUAUUUGUGGGACUGCAAUGGCGAAUUCGGAGUGUUUCCCUGCUGUUUCGACUGCGGGUUUGGUUAUUGGGAUGUGUGGGGAGAUGUUUUCGGAUCCCGAGGAGACGGGUGUGCUUUUGGAGUUGAUUGCUGGGGCUGAAGGGCAUCUUCGGUGGCAUCAUUUGAAGUCCAAGGAGAGUUUGCAGAGGUUUUGGGGGUUAUCUGGGAGUUGA